GCUGGCCGCGCGGAGGGGCGGUGCCACCUCGCGGAGUGGUGCCUGGCUGCUUUGCGCUCCACCCGGUUCCCGGCGCAGGGAUCCUGGAGACCGACGUUCCGCGGAGCCGCGAGUUUUCCGGGGGUGCGAGCCAGGUGAUGGCCGCUUCCUGGGCGUGAGGCGGACAGACGGGGAGCCUGCGGUUGUGGUCCCCACCCCGGGAGCUCUGGGAGCCCGGGUGACAGCGUAGGAAUCUCAAAUUCACCACGACCAAAUGGAAUCACAUCUUCAACCAAGAUUGUUUCUGGUGUAACAGUUGUCCAUCGGGGUUGGAAACCUUCUUCAUCCUGCUGGUCUUGGUGACCUCCUCAUUUUUCAAAUCCCAGCUUAAAUUUCACUUUCUCUGUGAUUCCUUCCCAUACUAAUGCAGAAAUGAGCACAGAAGCAGAGCAACAGCUUCUCCAUCAUGCCAGAAACGGCAACGCUGAAGAAGUAAGACAGUUAUUGGAAACCAUGGAAAGGAAUGAAGUAACUGCUGACAUUAACUGCAAAGGAAGAAGUAAGUCUAAUUUGGGCUGGACACCUCUUCAUCUGGCCUGCUAUUUUGGACAUAGACAAGUGGUCCAGGAUCUGUUAAAGGCUGGCGCAGAAGUAAAUGUAUUAAAUGACAUGGGAGACACGCCACUUCAUCGGGCUGCCUUUACAGGACGAAAGGAGUUGGUAAUGCUUCUUUUAGAAUAUAAUGCUCAUACUACUGUUGUUAAUGGGAAUGGACAGACAGCAAAGGAAGUCACUCAUGACAAAGAAAUCAGAAACAUGCUUGAAGCUGUAGAAAGGACUCAACAAAGAAAGCUUGAAGAAUUACUUUUAGCAGCAGCAAGAGAAGGCAGAACAGCAGAACUCACAGCUCUGCUCAACAGGCCGAAUCCUCCUGCCGUUAACUGUUCGGAUCAGUUAGGAAAUACACCCUUGCAUUGUGCCGCUUACCGGGCUCAUAAACAGUGUGCCUUAAAGCUUCUCAAAAGUGGAGCAGACCCUAAUCUGAAGAACAAAAAUGAUCAGAAACCUCUUGAUCUUGCGCAGGGUGCUGAAAUGAAACAUGUUCUUGUUGGUAAUAAGGCCAUCUACAAAGCAUUGAAACGAUACGAAGGCCCUCUCUGGAAGAGUUCAAGAUUUUUUGGCUGGAGAUUAUUCUGGGUAGUGUUAGAACAUGGAGUCCUCUCAUGGUAUAGGAAACAGCCCGAUGCAGUCCAUAAUAUUUAUCGCCAGGGAUGCAAACACCUAACUCAAGCAGUAUGCACGGUAAAACCCACUGAUAGCUGCCUCUUCUUUAUUAAAUGCUUCGAUGACACUGUUCAUGGCUUCAGGGUUCCUAAGAAUAGCCUUCAGCAGACAAGAGAGGACUGGCUGGAAGCAAUAGAAGAGCAUUCUGCUUACAGCACUCACUACUGUUCCCAGGACCAGUUGACUGAUGAUGAAGAGGAAGAUGCAGUUUCUGCUGUAGACUUGAAGGAAUCCUUAGAGAAAGCACAGACAUGCCAACAGAGACUAGACAGGGAAAUUUCCAACUUUCUCAGAAUGAUUAAGGAGUGUGACAUGGCUAAAGAAAUGCUUCCAUCAUUCCUUCAGAAAGUUGAAGUUGUCUCUGAAGCUUCUAGAGAAACUUGUGUAGCUUUGAGUGAUUGCCUUAAUCUCUUCACCAAACAAGAAGGGGUGAGGAAUUUUAAAUUGGAACAGGAACAAGAAAAAAACAAAAUUUUGUCAGAAGCGCUGGCGACUCUAGCCACUGAACAUCAUGAAUUAGAGCAGUCUCUGGUUAAAGGCUCCCCACCUCUCAGCAUCCUUAGUGAGGACGAGUUCUAUGAUGCGCUGUCAGAUUCCGAGUCCGGACGGUCCCUGAGUAGAUUGGAAGCAGUGACUGCGCACUGCUUUGAAGAGGAAGGAGAGCACCUGAGGGGUAGAAAGCACAGAAUGUCCGAAGGAAAAGACUGUGGUGGUGGAGAUGCUCUCUCCAAUGGCAUCAAAAAACACAGAACAAGCUUGCCCUCCCCUAUGUUUUCCAGAAAUGACUUCAGCAUCUGGAGCAUCCUCAGAAAAUGUAUUGGAAUGGAACUCUCCAAGAUCACCAUGCCAGUUAUAUUUAACGAGCCUUUGAGCUUCCUCCAGCGACUCACUGAAUAUAUGGAGCAUACGUACCUCAUCCACAAGGCCAGUUCAUUUGCUGAUCCUGUGGAAAGGAUGCAGUGUGUAGCUGCAUUUGCUGUAUCUGCUGUUGCUUCUCAGUGGGAACGUACUGGAAAGCCUUUCAACCCACUUCUGGGAGAGACUUAUGAAUUAGUUCGAGAUGACCUUGGUUUCAGACUCAUCUCUGAGCAGGUCAGCCAUCACCCACCCAUUAGUGCAUUUCAUGCUGAAGGAUUAAACAAUGAUUUCAUCUUUCAUGGCUCAGUCUAUCCCAAACUGAAGUUCUGGGGGAAGAGUGUAGAAGCAGAACCCAAAGGAACCAUCACGUUGGAGCUCCUUGAACACAAUGAAGCAUAUACGUGGACAAAUCCUACCUGCUGUGUACAUAACAUCAUUGUGGGGAAACUCUGGAUUGAGCAGUACGGCAACGUGGAGAUCACAAACCACAAGACUGCGGACAAAUGUGUGUUGAAUUUUAAGCCAUGUGGCCUUUUUGGUAAGGAGUUACACAAAGUUGAAGGCUACAUUCAAGAUAAAAGCAAAAAGAAGCUCUGUGCCCUCUAUGGGAAGUGGACAGAAUGUUUAUACAGUGUUGACCCUGCCACAUUUGAUGCUUACAAAAAAAAUGAUAAGAAAAAUACUGAAGAGAAGAAGAACAGCAAACAGAUGAGCGCUUCUGAGGAGUCAGAUGAAAUGCCAAUGCCAGAUUCCGAGAGUGUGUUUGUCAUCCCUGGGAGCGUCCUCCUGUGGCGAAUAGCCCCGCGGCCUCCCAAUUCGACCCAGAUGUAUAAUUUCACUAGCUUUGCAAUGGUUUUGAAUGAAGUAGACAAGGAAAUGGAGAGUGUGAUUCCUAAGACAGACUGCAGGCUACGUCCUGACAUCAGAGCCAUGGAAAAUGGGGAAAUAGAUCAAGCUAGUGAAGAAAAAAAGCGCCUUGAGGAGAAACAAAGAGCGGCCCGCAAGAGCAGGUCCAAGUCGGAGGAGGAGUGGAAGACGAGGUGGUUCCAUCAAGGUCCUAAUCCCUACAGCGGAGCCCAGGACUGGCUUUACUCGGGCAGCUACUGGGACAGAAACUACUUCAAUUUGCCUGACAUUUAUUAAAACAUAGACAAGUUGGGGCAUUUGGCUAAUCUUACAGAUAAGACUUAAACCUGUGUUUUAAAAUUUUCUUCUUUGGUUUCUACUCAUCUUUUAAAAAGAGAAAAAAAUCCUCUCAUGAUAACUUGCAUUUCACCCAACAAAAGUAGGGCAUAAGGUGGAUACUGGUGAUGAAAGUCUUUGGAAAAAUGGGUAAUUUUGCCAUCCAAACACGCUUAUUUGGAAUACUGUUUUAUAUAGAGGUAUGGGAAGCUGUUGGAGAAUAUGCUUUUUGAUGGUUGCUGUUGCCAUAUUUACUGAAGGUUUAUACCUAAAUGUAACUUUAGCUUUAUAGAAUUAUAUAGUAACCCAAAUCAAGUUAUUUUGAAUAUUUUUAGGCUGUCAUGCUUGAAUGUUUUAGAUUUAACUUCGAAAUGUUUAGAAUUCUCCUAUAUGUUUACAUGCUCAAAUAUAGAGGUUAUGCCAUUUUGUAAAGACUGCCUUGAAAAGAUGGCUUUUCUUCUUACUAAUCCUCUCAAUUUUACCCCUUCCCACCUCUAAAAAGAAAAAAAAAAUGCCUGAAUGUUCAGAAGAGAUAUUCCUGAUUUGAAAAUUCUAAACUGGAAAAGGUAUUUCAUUUGCUUAUUUUAGUGCUCUGAUUUUACUUUUACAAUUUUCUAUAAUUAAUGUCAUUAGAAUUAAAAUGUUUGAAUUGUACAUGUUUGAAUUGAAAAUAUGUAUAAAACCUAGCAAUUCACAAAAAUACCCUAGAAAUAUAGAUUUUUAGUCACCAUCAUUACAUAAUGACAAACCUUUUUAAAUGCUUCAACUCCCAGUGGCAAAUGCCACCAGAAAAAUUCAGUUGUACUCAUGUAUUAUAAGUAUCAGACUAUAUAAAAGGAGGUCUUGUGCAUUUCAAGUUUGCAAGGCACCUGUGUACUUAAGAUAUGUAUGGAGACCUACUGUACAGUAGCUUUGCCCCUUUAAUUGGGGUACAUUAAUCUUACGGUAUUUAUCCACCCAACCCCAGACUGAGAUAUUGCUCCAGGGGGCCUUAGGUAGCUGCCAGUAAGUUAUUUUAAUGGCUGUCUUGAAGUUAACAAGUGUUAUAAUGAAAUAAUCUACCUGAUGCUAAAUAAAGGCUUUAGAAUGUUCAAAA